AUGUCAUCAAAAUAUGGUAGGAAGGAAUUAAGAACCAUACGUAGAAGCGGUAAAAGGCAUCAUGAUACAGAAUAUACUCUUACCUCCGAUAAUGAUCUUAAUAGUGAUACCUCUUCAAAAAAAACUAAAAUUAAACAUGUUGACAAUAAUACCGAUGAAAAGGAAGAACAUAUUAUAACAGAGGCUGUGGCCAACCAAAGCGAAGAAUCACCUGACAAAAAUAGACCUACGAAAGUGUACAAUGCAUUAUUAACAUUGUUAAACACAGAAAACGAAGAAGAUGGUGAUUUUAGUGACAAAAUCAAAAACAACAACCAAAAGCAAAAGAAACAACCUCGCAUAGCCAGUGAGCAUGAAUUAUUGGAAGAAGCAAUUGAAGAUGGUUAUGCAAUUGAUGCGGAAGAAGAUAAUAACUCUAGUUAUGACGAACGUGAAGUUGAAUCCAAACCUAUUGAUGAUGAUGAUGAUGAUGAUGAUGAAACAAAUACUGAUUUUUUCAAUUUACAUUUCAAUACAUACAACGAACAUAUGUUAACUGAACUAAAUUCAAAGAUACAAAAUCGACUAAUUAAGAAUGUUUCUAUUAAAAUUCCUAUUAGUGACAAAGAAACAUUACUCUUUUCUAAACCCGACACUUCUUUUAUUGAAGAAGAAAAUGGAAAAGAAACAGAAAACAAAGAGAAAAAAACUUUUGUACCACCCAAAAGAUAUCAAUCAUUAAAUCCAUAUGUCAUUAAACAAAAAUUGAAGAUUGCUAAUAGUACUACUUAUUUUUCUUCCAAUGAAUUAACAGAUUUUCAAAAAAACAUUGUUGAUCCCAUUUUCCAAUACAAUGAUCUGUUGUGCCAGUACGAUACAUAUGGUCAAGAGUCGCAAUAUAGAGAUUUAUACGCUUUACAUGCGUUGAACCAUAUUUAUAAAACAAGAGACAAAAUUUUGAAAAACAACUCUAAAUCACAAGAUAAUCCAGAGUUGGAGUUAUUGGAUCAAGGUUUCACUAGACCAAAAGUAUUAAUUGUAGCACCAACCAGAAACACAGCAUAUGAGAUUAUUACUAAUAUUAUUAGAAAAUCCGGUAUAGAUCAGAUUGAUAAACGUUCCAAAUUUCAGGACCAAUUUUAUUCUGAAAGUUCACCAUAUAAUAAAUCCAAACCAAAAUCUUUUCAACAAGUGUUUAAGGGGAAUUCUAAUGAUUUUUUUAUUUUAGGUUUGAAAUUUACUAGAAAAGCCAUUAAGUUAUAUGCAAAUUUCUAUCAGUCAGAUAUUAUAGUUACUUCUCCAUUGGGUCUAUUUUUAUUAUUACAGUCUGAAUCCACAAAUUCGGCAGAAAAAGAAGAUGACAAGCAACAGGGAAAGGGGAAAAAUGGUUCCAAGUACAAGACAAGAAGAGGCAAGAAAAAUAGCGAUGAUUUCUUAAGUUCUAUUGAAUUAUUAAUUGUUGAUCAACUACACGUUCUGGAAUUGCAAAAUUUUGACCAUUUAUAUUCUUUGAUGAUGAAAAAUACCAACAAUAUACCCAAAGAACAACAUGAAAAUAUGGAUUUCAGCCGUAUUAGAAUGUGGUAUAUCGAUGAUCUAGCCAAACUCUUUAGACAAACUUUGAUUUUUACUAAAUAUAUAACUCCAAACGCCAAUCUAUUAAUUAAUCGUGCCUGCAACAAUAUCUGGGGGAAAUUUAAAACCUACAAGAAAAUAGAUGCCGAUGAAUGUGCUUUGUCACAUGUUGGUUUUAAAAUACGUCAGAUUUUUCAAAGGUUUGAUUUUAACUCUUCUAAACUCAUCAAGGAUAAUGAUACUAUUGAUGAACCUGAUUAUAGAUUCAAGUAUUUCACCAAUGUUAUUAUUCCCAAAUUGAUUGUUAAGAGUACAGGGUAUGAGGACGGUAUUUUGAUUUAUAUACCAGAUUAUUCGGAUUAUAUUCGUUUAAGAAAUUACAUAAAGGAAAAUGUUCCACUUUUGUUUGAUCAUAUUGAUGAAUAUGCUUCUCAAAGUCAUUUGAGUAAGGCAAGAAAUAGAUUCAGAAGGGGGAAAGUUAAAGUUCUUUUAUACACUGAAAGAUUACAUUAUUACAGAAGAUAUGAAUUAAAUGGUGUUAAGAGCGUUAUCUUUUACAAACCCCCAACUGAUCCUGAGUUUUAUAGUGAAGUUGUUAGAUUUAUUGGAACAAGUAUUUUCCAAGAGGUUUGUGAUGCUAAUAUAAGUAAUGUUAGAUGCAUUUAUUCUAAAUUUGAUGGACUAUCCUUGAGUAGGAUUGUGGGCAGCCAAAGAGCAGCCGUUCUGACCCACGGUAUGAAUGAAAUUUAUGAAUUUAGAUAA